AAAAAAAAAACAGUCUUCAAGCUGCACAACAGGAUUGUUUCCAACAUUUCUUCGACUUUGGAACCAAAAUAAACAAAAAACCCAGAAAAUCUGCACAUAAUUCUUGAAACAUCCAUUCCACAAUUGCAAUUAAAAUGGUAUGACUGCUGCAGCAACCCUGUGUGAAGGACAGAUAUCAGUAUCCUCAGUGAGAAUGGAUGACUCUUCCAACUUGUACGUCUCUGAUCUUGGAGAAAAGGAGGGUACACAAGAACAUCUGGAUAUCAGCUGGGAGCAUAUAUACUCUCACAGGCUCCCCAUCAAAGAUCAAGACGCUUUUGUCUGCCAGGACUGUAACAGAUGCUUUACCUCCAAACAAGGCUUAGAACAGCACAUGCAUGUUCAUCACCCUUAUCAAUCUUUAGAGAAAAUUUCCACAAGUCCAGACAGACAGCACCAGGAGUGCAGCAUCCAGGAUAACCAACAGCAGCCUAAAAUGAAGGAAAAUGCCGAGCUGUCGCAAGAGGAAAUUCCUGAAGCGUUACUAAGUGAGUCAUUACACCAACAGACACAAACCGAGAAAACUGUUUCUGCAGCUGUUUUGGAAAAUAACGGAGAAGAAGCAGAGCAAUUCAUGCUAGAUAUGUCAAGUAAUAUUUCAGAGAAUCUUGGCUUUUACAUUGAUGGAAAUAUACUGUCAACAGGUACAGUAAAUAACUGUGAGAUGGCGAUACACUCUGGGUCCUCACCUUUAGUCGGACUGGACGCCCUAAUUGUGGGUGCUGCCCAGAUUGGCCAAGUUCUAAACACAGAUGCAGAGACACCUGGUCAACAACAAUCCAAGAGAAGAACCGCAACACCUCCCCUUCUACCACAGAUCAAAACUGAACUGCAGUCUGAGGUGGUUGUGUCUUUAUCCUCGUCAUCCCAGCUGUCGCCGUCUGUGAGCAUUCAGGAGGAAAGCAUGGUGUUCCUUUCUCCAAAGCUUAAGCAGCUUGUUGAGAAGCAGGAGGUUUUUAAACCCACAACAACCCUCACUGCUGAUGGGCAGAAUCCCUCUAUACCUAUCUCACUCUCAGUCCUAUCCUCUGGGUCAGGAAAAUUUAGGAGAAGAACAAGCUCCCCAACCGGUUCCCCGCAGCAAACUCCAGCAGCAAAUGAAGAAACAGGAGAGCUGGAUCCAUUAGAUUUGGGUGAAGGAGGUAACCGACAGAUUGAAGUUAAACAUAACUCACCUGUUCAGCCAACAGGAACUGAUAAUAUUGACAUGGCUCAAACAAUCACAGUGUCAGAAGUCAGUCCUUUAUCAUCUGAGAGCUGGACCACAGCAACUGGUGGUAAUCCCUGUAACCAGCGACCCCUGGAUCUCUCCAACACAGUCAAAAGAAAUGAAGAUGAAGCGUCAGCUGAAGCUGCUCUAGAUUUAAGUUUACAAAGAAAGAGCCCUGGUGAACCUGAACUGAUAUUUAAGGGUUUAAAUUCAAAUCUCAUGGAAAAGGUUUUAAUUAAAAGCCACUUGAAUACAGAAACUCCUGUAGUCACAGAUUUAACUCUUGUAACGGGUCCGGACAUUGUUAGCCCACUAGAACAUGUCACUGAGGGGCUUGUUUAUGGAAUCGCCAUACCACCUAAUUCCCUGACUCCGUCCACUGCGUCGCUUACUCCUCUUACCUUGGAACCAUCUGCACAAUGCGCCAUAGCAUUUGCUUCCCCCGUCACUCACACUGUACUCCCUUCUGCUCCCUCAAUAAUCACAGUUUUAGCACCACCCAUUUCCAAUCCUUCAAGCCCACCCAUUCAAGUACUCGCCCCAAACAUAUCACCUGAGCCCUUGGUAAUCUGCACAGAUGAAAGAAUUAAUGCCUCACAGUGCGAUUUGACUGCUGCAUUUGCCUCUGCAAAUUCUGCAAACAUUGUCACUCUCUCCCAGCCUCUUGACCCAACUCUGAACCUUCCCGGCCAUGUGUUUCUCACUGAUCAGAUUGCGCUAGACCAACAGAUGGUUGAUUCUGUUCCAAUGUCAGAGGUACCAUUUCCAGCCGCUUUAAAUUUAAAUGAUUCUCUGCUCAGCAUUGCCAGCAACACCGUCUUAAUAGAAUGUACAAUAGCUCUGGAAGCUCCAGGAAAUGUUGGGCCAACUUCAGUGGCUUUACAAGAGAAUUCUGCAGAGCCUCCAGAUCCUGACCAAAUAGUCAUUAGUCACAAAGAACAGCAGCAGAUUUCAUCCUUGCCUGACCCUCCACCUGUUGACCCUGUAGUUCCUAUUUCUUCCAUCGCAGAAUCUUUAGCCCCCACUCCCAACACCCCACUGAUGUCUGAUCCCCCUCCUGUGCUAGAUUCAAGACCUGAUCCAGAACCUGUUUGUACAGAGCUUCCUCCCAAAGAAGCUGAGGAAGUUUUUGAUAGGUCUGUUUCUACGUCACCAAAUACCUCUCCUUCACCUCCUUCUGGCAAAACUGAGGAAGAGCCCUCCCAUGAAACAGAAGUUAAUGCUGAGGAACAGACUUUCGCUAAAAACUUCAUCUGCAAUGUGUGUGACAAGCUCUUCCAUUCAAUGAAAGAACUUAGCCAUCAUGUAGCUGAGCAUGCUGAUGAGUGGCCCUACAAAUGUGAGUUCUGCGUGCUGCUAUUUGGCAAGCCAUCUGCUCUGCUUGACCAUCGAUCGAGCCUCCAUGGUGUCGGAAAGACGUAUGUUUGCAGUGUAUGUACGAAAGAUUUUGUCUACCUUUGCAAUCUGAAGCAGCAUCAAAAUGAGCUGCAUCCCGGUCAGCAGUGCUCAUACACAGAAGAAGAAAAAGGCAAACUUAGACCUCAGAACUACAAUAACACGAUUAAAACCAACACGGAUCCUUCAGCCACUAAAUUGGGAGAUAAAUCCAUAAAAUCCGUGAAAAAGGAAGAAUGUGAUGUUGACAUUGCUGCAGAUGAGGUGUUCACAACAGUUCUGACUUUGGAUGGAGGUAAAAUUAAAGGGCCGGAUGUUCGUCUUGGCAUAAACCAGCAUUAUCCCAGCUUCAAGCCACCUCCUUUCCCUUACCAUAACAAAUCCCCUGCUGGCUCACUUGCUUCAGCUACAAACUUCACAACUCACAACAUCCCACAAACCUUCAGUACAGCUAUUCGUUGCACCAAGUGUGGGAAAAGCUUUGACAACAUGCCAGAGCUGCACAAGCACAUCUUGGCAUGUGCAAAUGCAAGCGAUAAGAAGCGAUACACACCAAAAAAAAAUCCUGUCCCUUUACGCCAUUUUGCUAAAACUCAGAAUGGAGUACUGUCCACGACAAAUUCUGCUAACGGACAAAACACCUCAGUCAGAAUCAGCCAGGCAAACCGGUCCAAACCAAGUCAAGACGCACCGGUCAAGAUCAAACUACUUAAUAAACGGAAGAAGAAGUUUGUCCAGAGGAUAAUGCCUCAUAGAAACAAGUCGAUUUCCUCAACAAAUAAACUGUCACCUACACAGGUAGAGAUCUUUGUCUGCCCACACUGCAGCAGGGAGUUCACAAUGCGACGCAGCAGGACCAAACACAUGGCCGUCUGUCCCCAAAAACUCAAAGAGAUGAAGAAAAGAAAAGAGGGAGGGAUCUCUCUCACAAAAGAAAACAACGAACACUCGCUUCGAGGAGUUUCCCAUUUAAAGGAGAAACUGCAAGCUCCGCCUCGGCAUAACACAAGACUCCAAACAUCUGGCUCUGCGAAGAGGCCUUCCAUUCUCCCAGUGCAAACCGUCUUCUCUAGCAAGCGAAGUAAAAUUAUCAUUAAAGAGAGCAUACAGCCAAAGCUGGAAGCGCCCGCACUGGCACAGGUUCCCAUUCGCACGUUUAACCCCUCUAUGCGGCAGUACAGCAGAAUGCAGCACAGCAUCAAAGGUAUUCCCAUUAAAAUCACUUUUGUGAAACCUUCUCAGAAAGAUGAAGCUGCUGCCUCUCAGAUUCAAGGAGUAGCACCUGGAACCAUCACCGGCUGCUCUAAGCAGAAAACCUCCACUUGAUGACAUAAAUGGUUAACUAAGAUGGGAGUGCUGCUGUUUGAAACUGUUCAUUAUUCUACUGGGAGAAAUACGAGUACGCACACUGGAAACCUAGUAGAGCUCGCGGCUGUAUUAUACUGUACAAUAACUAGGUUAAAAAAUGGAAAGGAUAAAACAAACCUGUCUGUCAAGGGAACCUUUUAUUCAGAUGUUUGUCAUUUUAGUUGCUUGGGUUUUUGAAGAAAAAUGCUCUUCAUUUCAUGAAUUUGCUGUCUUCAGCUUGGAGUUGCUCUCAAAGGCAAUCUGGCUGCUUACUGCCAGAAAUUGGAAAAAUGAAGGAGGAUGAACUGAGCUUAGCUUUCUGGUGAUUUCUUCAGAAUGGGUGGUUUAGAGAGCAUGGCAGGUGGGCAAUCAUUUCUGGCAUGCAUUUGCACUUUUUUCUUGUUUGACUCUGUUGCCUUUUGGUUUCUAUUUGGUACUGCAUGCUGUCUGCGAGCUUCUGCUCCAUCUAUGUUGAUUUAAGAUGCAUUUAUGUUAAUAUAGCUCCAACACUGAAUCUGAUCAUAAACCUUUACUAUAAUGGGUAAACAAUUUGACUUGAUUACUGUUAAAAAAAUGUAAAUGUGAUGUUUUUUUUUUCCUGAGGUUAAAAUAGAAUUUAAAAAUUUAGCACCAUAUAUUGUAAACUUAGCCUAAAGCUCUACAAUUAGUGUCCUCAUGUGUUUUCUAAUCAUAAUUCUUUUAGAAACACAGCUGAUGUAUGUUUUCCACAAUUACUAUGAAUGUAACAUUUACUGAAAUUAAUGCUAAAGAAUUUUAUAGCAUCCUGCUGCUACUGAAGGAGUCUGAAUAGAAUGCUCUCUUGUGCCAAUACAUUUAUUUAAAAAGGAGAAAUAUAGCAUGACAGUGGUGAACAUACUUCACUUUUAAGUGUUUCUCAGAUUAAUAUAUUUUUUUGUUGCUUUAUGCCAUUGUUUAUUAUUGAAAUAUACUUUAAAAUCUGAUCUGUUUGAAAUUUUCAUUUAGAAGUUUUUAAAAUAUUUUCCUAAAGUUAGGUGGAUAAUGAUUUUUUGUUGUUGUUGUUGCAGCCAAAUGUGCAUUUACAGAUUAAUGUAAUUAAACUACACCUGUGAACUCUUUUAAUUUGCACUGCAGCUCUAAAUAGAAGCACUGUAUUCUGUGAAGGUUGUUGCAUCUUUGACAGACCCAAUCACAACAUUUGGGAUUUAGGCAUUCUAAUCUGAUUUACCUUUUAGGAUUUAUGCUUUGUUUUGCACAUCUUCCCACAAACCCUUAGCAGACCGCGGUUUUGCGGUGGUUUCGUUCCCAUACAGUACUUGGAAGAUAGUAUUUGUUUUCAUCCACAAGAUAAAAACUGUUUUUUUUUUUUUUUUGCAACUUAAAAUUCUGUUUUUUGGCCAGCUGAUGAUAUUCUUGUGGGACAGAAAAUAUUUUGUUGCUAAGUCAAAUCAAAGUAUUUGUUUUCUUAUAUUGACUGAAAAUUUGACAAAUGACUGCUAUACAGGGUAAUUAUUUUGUGAGAUUGAAUUGAUAAUUGUGUUAUAUAACUUAUCUCACACCUGUGCAUCUGUAAUCUUUUUUUUUUUCCUGUCCUUUUUGGGCGAAGCUGGUAUUUUUGCUUUGGUUCUGACUCUAACCUGUUGGAUGUACAGGAUGGAGCUUGAGACUGAUGCUGAACUGUGACAAGUGCUUGUAGCAUUUCAAAAUGUAAAUGGACUCGUGUAUAUUUAUUACUAAUUUAAAAUCAUGUUCUUAAAUAAUUCUUCUGUAUGAUUUGCACUAAAGUUUUUUUUUUCAAGCAACUGUUAAAAAUAAAAAUUUGAGAAUG